AUGUUUUUGAUUGAGCGCAAUGACACGGCAAUUUUAUAUACCGGGGAUCUACGCAGUGAACCAUGGUUCGUCAAUUCAAUUGUCAGACAUCCAACUCUAAUUGAAUAUACUUCGGGCAUUCGCAGACUGGACAAAAUCUAUCUCGACACAUCCUUUACGAAAAAUAUCCCUUUUCAGACCAAGCAAGAGGGCAUCGCAGAGCUGCUACGCAAAGUAGCAUCAUAUCCGCCUGACACUGUGUUUUAUUUCCAAACAUGGACAUAUGGCUACGAGGAAGUCUGGCUCGCACUCUCCAAAGCCUUGAAAUCUCCAAUACACGUUGACGAGUACAAGAUGAGGAUAUAUACGUCUUUGUCAAGUAAAAUCGGCGACCACCGCUUCGCGUCGCUGACGGGCUACAUGUGCGGCAAUGCGUGGCAUCCCGGUUGCUUGACAACGGACGAGAGCGCGCGCCUACACAGCUGCGAAAAGGGCAACUUGUGCUCCGUUGCGAGCCGACCAAACGUUGUCAAGAUACAGCCGAUUGUGGCGCAUCUUGCAAACGGGACCGACAUUGCAGAGGCUGGAGUGGGCGGGGGAGGAAACGACUUUCAGCGAGAUGCUGAGCUGGGGUCCUUGUCUCCUCAAGAUUUCCGCGCCCUUCAGGAACUAAUCAAACGGACUGGAAAAGGCCACGACGGCUUUUUAGAGUCUCUAGCCCAGAAGAUGGCUUCAGGACGCGACAUGCCGCUCGGGCUGGCAAUGAAUCAGUUUGGAGAACAUCUCACGGCGAGCAUAGAAAAGCUGAGUGGCAUGCCAUCACCACCCGAGCGCACCGAUAGCUCGGCCAAUACAACACUGCCAGCCAGCCAAGCAGGUUUGCCGUGUGUGAUUCGCUUUCCCUACGCUCGACACUCUUCCUACGAGGAGCUUUGCCAUUUCGUCGACGCCUUUAAGCCACGCGACGUAUGGCCCUGCACAGAAAAUGCCCAGCAAUGGUGGCGCAAAGGGUACUCUAUUGCCUCGUACUUUGGCGAGUUUUGCUCCGGCAACGUCUUUGCAUACGACAGAAUGGUAAAGGAGACGUAUCCGGAACCUCCACCGCCGCAGGAGGAUGAGGAUGAGGACGAGGACGCGCAUGAUACGCAGACGACUGGGCGGGUAUCCGUGGUGGCUUUUGGAGAAGAAGAAGCCCCAUUGUCGUCGCCUGUAAAGGCGUGCUUGCUGUCUGAAAGCCGUGGCCGGGAUGAUGUGGGAGACGACGACGACGACGAUCGGCCGGACUCGACUCCAAAGAGGGCGCGGCGGGCUGACGACACGGCCGGCCAGGACGAGUCGCAGCAGCACAGCGUGGCGUCGCACAUGACGGAGACGGACUCUGCGGUCCGCUGGGAGGCGUACACUCGCACUCUGGCUAGGCUGCACGACGACGAUGACGACGACGAUGAUGAUGAUGGGGGCUCGUUGUCUUUGCUUUCAACGACGGAUCAUCACAGCAAGGUGGAACAAGAACUGUAG